CGUCCUCAUCGUCACCUCACCUCUUCUUUCGUAGUUCUCGCGUCUGCCAUCCGCCAUUUCGGCGUGACUGUCGCAUAAUAGAUUGAUUAUGACGCCCUCAUUUGGCUCUCAUUGAAAUUAUUGUUACGCCAGGCCAGUGCAUAGUGUAAUUUCAGUCAUGUCUGUUCCGGAGCCACCCGAGGGGAAAACUCUGUUGCAAUCUUUUAUAAACAACUUUAAUCAACAAAAUGAAGCAGGAGUUGCUGCUAUGCCAGGUACUAGUAAUGCGGUUGAGGAAGUUGCAGAUUCAGGCAUUGCUUACUUUGUGGAUGAAGAAGGACGCUACUACUAUCAGCCAGCUGAUGAUGACCAGAAUAUAGUAUCUUUACCAAUGGUUACUGAUGAGAUUGCCGAGGCCAUACAAGAGGAUGAAGAUGAGGAUGAAGAAGAAGAAGAAGAACCUGCGAUCUUAUCAGACUUUAAAGAGUACCAGACAGUAACACUGAUGCCCUCGGAAAACAGCUCUGGCGGAGUGAGCUAUGUGCUUGUUGUACAGGAAGACCCAAAACAAGUUGUUAACAUCAACAUUCAGGGUGAAAAGAAUAAUGAAGAUGUAUAUAACUUUGAAGAAGAAGAUGAAGAGGGUGGUCAAGAGGGCACUGAUGAUGAUAAUGAGAAAAGUAAUGUGACGACAAGAGGCAAGCACUCGAAAUAUGUACGCCCGCGGUUCACAUGUAAUUUUUGCUCAUACACCAGCCACAGGCGAUACUUGCUGCUAAGACAUAUGAAAUCUCAUUCGGAAGACAGGCCUCAUAAGUGUGAAGUUUGUGAGCGAGGCUUUAAGACUGUUGCCUCACUGCAGAAUCACGUAAAUAUGCAUAAUGGUGUGAAACCACAUGUUUGCAAGUACUGCAACAGUCCUUUCACUACCUCAGGUGAAUUGGUGCGUCAUAUCAGAUACAGGCAUACACAUGAAAAACCUCACAAAUGUACCGAAUGUGAUUAUGCUUCAGUAGAAUUGUCAAAAUUACGGCGUCACGUCCGAUGCCACACUGGGGAACGUCCCUAUCAGUGUCCGCACUGCACCUACGCUUCUCCGGAUACUUUCAAGUUGAAGCGCCAUCUGAGAACUCAUACUGGAGAAAAACCAUAUAAAUGUGAUCACUGCAAUUUGUGCUUCACCCAAUCCAACUCAUUGAAAGCACACAAACUUAUACAUAAUGUGUCUGAGAAGCCAGUUUAUGCAUGCGAACUGUGCCCAACGAAAUGUGGCCGCAAGACUGAUCUUCGCAUUCACAUUCAAAAACUUCACACUUCGGACAAGCCACUGAAAUGCAAGAUAUGCGCAAAAACUUUUCCAGAUCGCUAUUCCUGCAAAGUACAUUAUAAGACUCACGAAGGAGAGAAAUGUUUCAAGUGUGAAAUCUGCAUGUACGCUUCGACCACGAUACGACGCCUCAAGUCUCACAUGCUGAAACACACUGAUGAGAAGCCAUUUGUCUGCGACCAAUGCGAUCAGAGAUUCAGGCAAAAGCAGCUACUUCGACGACAUCAGAACUUGUAUCAUAACCCAGACUAUGUACCGAAGCCUCCAAAAGAGAAGACGCACACUUGUCACGAGUGUCAUCGUACGUUCGCGCACAAAGGCAACCUCAUCCGGCACCUCGCGGUCCAUGACCCGGAGUCAGGCCACCAUGAAAGAGUACUGGCACUAAAACUUGGCCGUCAGAAGAAAGCUAAACGAGUCGAUGGACAACUCAAGGAGGUGCGUGAAGAAGACUCAGACAGUGAGGACAAUGAUCAGAAUUCUGGAAUUAAAAUGAAUGUGAGCGGCAACGAGCUGCAGAGUGAGUAUGUGACGGUGUCAGAUGGUGACAACCAGCAAUAUGUUGUGCUGGAAGUGAUACAUUUAGAGGAUGGAACUGAGCAGCAAGUGACUGUUAUGGCCCCUGAAUACAUUGAAGAGGAUGAACAAGUUGAGGAGGAGGAGGAGGAGGAAGAGGAAGAAGAGGAAGAAGAUGAUGAUGAUGAUUCAGAAGACACAAAGAAUAAUCAAAUACUGCUGCUGCAUGAACAAGAAAAGCAAAAGUCAAUGGAGAGAACAUUAAAGUUGGAGAAUGAUGUCGACACAUGUUUUGGAUUUGAUGAAGAUGUCGAGGAUGGAGAUGAUGAAGUUCCUUACGAAGAUAAGGUUCUUAUAAACUUAGUUUAGAGAAACAUAAAUUAGAUU